AUGAAGACGGUCGCCCGCCUCGUCCUCCUGCUCGUCGUCGGCGUCGCCGGGGCCCUGGACCUCGAGGCGCUCGUGGAGUCGCUCCUCGACAAGCUCAACGGCACCUCCGUGGGCCCCGUGAUCGCGACCUGCCUCGGGGAUUUAGGCGCCUUCGAGAGCCAGCUCAACGCGUCCGUGGCCGCCAUCGAGGCCGGCUCCGCCACCCAGGCCCUCGACGGCCUGUACCUGUCGACGCGCGCGCUCGCGCGCGCCGUCGACGACUGCGACGUCCCCCUGGCCGUCGACUACCUGGAGAAGGGCGCCAACGCGCUGGGCUUCAACGCGACGGCCCACUACGCCGGCGAGGCGCUCACGACCCUCGUCUUCGGCCUCAACGUCACCGAGGACGUGCUCCGGAUCCUCGACGACGCCGCGAACGGCGCCGGGUCGGACGCGGGCGCGGCGCUCGGUGAUCUGAUCCUCGCCCUCGAGGGGUCCUUCAGCUGCGACGGCAAGACGGGAACGGCGCUCGAGGCCUGCGUCCUCUUCGAGGGCCUGCUCGGCGGCGCGAAGAUCUUCCUCCAGGACCAGGCCGCGUGCGAGGGCGUCCUCGAGGACGCCGUCGGCGACGUCGCCCGGGCGGUCUCGCGCCUCUCCGAGGGCGACGGCGCGGGCGUCUUCAAUGCGACGGUGGCGGCGCUGGCGGACCUCGGGCGCGCCGCGGACGCCUGCGGCCUGCCGGACGUCGCCGCGCUGCUCCAGCAGGAGACGGGCGAGUUGAGGGCGGCGAACGUCACCGUCACCGACGCGCCGGGCGUCCUGCUCAACGUGACCGUCGAGGGCCUGGACGUGUCCGGCGACGUGGCCGCCAUCGCGGCGGCCGCGGCCGCGGACGACUCCAAGGCCGCGGGCCUCGCCUGCGCGAAGCUCGCCCUGUCGUUGCGUUCCGCGGGCUGCGACUCCAAGGCCUGCGGCCUCUUCGAAGCCCUGCUCGACGCCUUCGCCAUCGUCGGGUCCGACGCGUCCGGCGACUGCGCCGCGGACCUCGGCGACGCCGAGACCCUCUUCGUCCAGGGCGCGGCGGCGCUCACGGCGGGCGACGUCGAGGCGGGGCUCUUCGACUUUUCCGUGGCGCUGCGGGACGUCGGCGGCGCGGCGCGCGCGUGCCAGCUCGACGCGCUCGCGGAUUUGAUCGCCGCCGAGGCCGUGAAGCUCGGCGCCGCGAACGUCACGGCGGCGCCCGUCCACAUCCUCGUCGACGGGCUCGACGUCGCGGACGCGGUCUACGACGCGGCCAAGGCGCUCGUCGCCGAGGACUGGGCCGCCGCGGGCGCCGCGCUCGGCGACCUGGUGGCGGCGCUCGACGCCUUCCACUGCGGCGACGACAAGGCGUGCCUCGUCGUCGAAAACUUGAUCGCGGCGCUGGCGGUCGUCUCCGCGGACGUCGGCGGCGCGUGCGCGGCGGAUCUCGAGACGACGUGGUCCGACCUCUCGGGCGCGCUGGCGAGCUUCGAGGGCGGCGACGCCGCGGCGGGCGUCGCGAACCUGAGCGUUUCGCUGACGUCGCUCGCGACGGCGCUGGGCAACGACUGCGGCCUCGAGCGCGUCGCGGCGCUCGUCGAAUCCGAGGCCGCGGCGCUCGGCGCGGCGAACGUCACCGCGGCCGGGUCCGCCGUGGCCGUUUUGGUCAAGGGCGUCGACGUCGCGAGCGAGAUCGCCGUCGUCGCCGCCGCGGCGUCGAAGGGCGACGCGGCGACGGCGGGCAAGGAGCUCGGGGCGCUGCUCGAGACGCUCGGCGUCGCGGCGUGCGACACGGCCGUCUGCGAGAUCGUCAACGCCAUCGUCAGCGUCUUCGAGGACGUCACGCAGGACGUCAGCGGCUGCAGCGGCGACUUCGGGGACGCGGCGGCGGACCUCGCGACCUUCGCCGCGGACCUCGGGGGCGGCGACGUCGAAGCGGCGCUCGCGCCGCUGAGCCGGUCCUUGAAGGACAUGGGCGCGGGCCUGAAGGACUGCGGCGUGCCCGAGGUCGCGGACGCCCUGGGCCAGUGCGCGGACCAGCUCGGCCUGGCGUCCGUCGGCGCCGACGCGGCGCUCGUCGCGUCGGUGCUCGUCGCCGGCGAGGACGUGCUCGACGAGUUCGGCGACGCGGGCCUCGCGCUGUCCAACGGGUCCUACGCGACGGCGGGCGCGAGUCUGGCGCGGGGGUUGAAGGACAUCCUCGCGUGGAACGCGACGAACGGCUGCGCCAGCGCGGCGUGCCUUUUGCUCGAGGGCGCGAUGGCCGCGCUCGGCGCGCUCGAGGGCGACUUCGCGGCCUGCGAGGCGGACCUGGACGCGGCGUGGACGGCGCUGGACGCCGGCUUCGAGUCCCUGGCGACGCACGCGGCCUUCAGCGACGCGUCGAACGGGGUGCUGAAGAACGACACGGUCCUCUGGAACCAGCCUGCCCAAGUCGCGGGCGCGCCGUCGGACCUGCUCUCGCGGAAGAACUGCGAGGUCUUCAAGGAUCAGGCCGCCUGCGACAUCGCGGCGAAGAACCUGCGGCACCAGCGCCUCUACGCGGAGCUCUACCGCCGGCGCCACGGGAAUGCGACGGCGGAGCUCUCGUCGUGGUGGCCGUCGUGGGACGACAUCACGGAGGACUUCGACCAGCUGGUGGCCCACGUCGAGGAGGACGUCGACCGCGUCUGGAGCGACCUCGUCGACGACCUCGAGUACCUCGUCGGCGACGACGUCGCCAUGGCGGCGAUCAAGGACGUCGCGGCGGCGCUCUCCGCGCUGUCUUCCGCGAUCACGGAUUGCCACGCGGAGGAGAUCGCCCAAGUCCUCUCGAAGCUCGCGGCGAUCUUGGGCGCGCCCGCGGGCAUUGGUUGGCUCGACGAGGGCUUCAAGAUCGUCGUCGACGCCGCGGAGGUGAGCAACGACGUCUACGACGCGCUCCUCUUCGUCAAGCAGGACGACUACUUCAUGGCGGGCUACGAGAUCGCCAAGCUCGCGGUCGUCCUCGUCGCCUAG